GCAGAUAAGCAGCAAGGCAUGCAGAUGUAGCCGCUCGCGCUUCUCGCCAUGACUGAAAACUCCAUGGAGUGGCCGCCGGGGCUGGGUGCAAAGAUGGGGUCUCCCUCGAGACAGUCUGACGCAGAUGCACCCUCCGUCGCAUCCGAGGAGUCGUCAGCAGCAACAUCGGCACACGCCGACAGCUUGCGCUGGAAAGCCGGAAAUUUGGGCCACCUGGGUGGCAUUCUGGACAGUGACGCCGGCGCCGGCGCAGCUCAAGCAGUUGUGCGAACUGCUGCAGCCACAGGAAGCCUUUCCUCGAGGCUGGAUAGUUAUGGCUUCAGCGUGCUGAGCAUGGCUAAGCGGGAUGUCUCGGAACGAGAAGCACUGCCGAAAAAUGUCGAGCUGGCCAGCUUUGAGGUCUGUCCUGAGGUGGACUCCUUGGUGCGGCAAUUGGCCACCGGCGAAGGUGAAUUCUUUGAUUACAUUGACGACGCUCCAUCUCAGGUUGGCUGCGUCAUGUGCAAGCGGAAUCUGCAUGAGACGGCGCUAUACGAGGGCCGGCAUGAGGUCAAAGUCUUGCCGUGCUUCCACAGUGUGUGUGCUGCCUGCCUUCAGAGCCUGGCCUCCAGCAGCGACAGGGACUGCUUUGAUUGCCCCCGCUGCGGAAGGCGAGCUCAGAAGAUGCAAGCCCUGCAUCACUAUCUUCCACACUUUGACCUCCUGCAUGUGAUUGACAGUCAGAAGGUUGCCCAAAGUGAUUUCCUUUGCGAAGAAUGCGUCUCGGGGAAUCGAGCAGAGACGUACUGUGAAGAAUGCAUUAUGAAUUUAUGCGAGAGCUGCACCAGGCAGCACCGCAGGGCGCGUGCAACCACCAACCACAUUCUCGUGAAGCUCGUGGAGCAGGGCUCUGAGGUACGCAACAUGCACCGCGCGCAGUAUUGCGCCAUUCACCGCACCAGCCGCUAUGAGCUGUACUGUGAGGACUGCGAAAGACUUAUUUGCCACGAGUGCGCAAGAAAUGAUCACCAGCAGCACUCGUACAAGUUGCCCUCCGCAUUGCUGAUCGAGAAGCAUCGACAACGUGUGAAGGAUAUCAUUGAAGCAUUGUGCAACAAGCUUCUGGAUGACCAAGCCUUGCUCAAGGUGUUGAGCCAAAGCAUUGAGUCCUCCGAGCUGGCGUGCCUGCAGGUACGCUCCAACAUCUCCGCCGCGUUCGACGAGCUGAGCUCGGCCGCUGACGCGCGCUGCUCCGAGCUGCUGCAGAACUUGCAGGCCAACAGUCGCGAGCCAAUGCGGGCAUUGGAGGAAGAAAAGAAUCGAUGCUCAACUGCUCUUGUGGAUAUUUGGUGUGUCAUCGACUUCAUGGAGAAGGUCAACAAGCAUGGCACAGACGUAGAGGUUCUGAGGGCAAAGAGCAAUUUGUUUCGUGAUCCCAUUGGCUCGCAGAAGUUUCAGGAAUGGCAGGAUAUUUCCCAUGCUCCCCCUCCUGGCUUUGAGCGAAACCUUGUAAGAAGCUGGUCCUCCAGCGAGGAAUAUGACAAAAUGCUUCAAUCCCUUGCUUCCUUUGGAAGUGUGAAAGUGAGCCCGCUAGCAUGGGAGAUGGUUGGCGGCCCGCUGAAGCUGACUCAUGGGAAGACCUGGGCAGAUGUGUUCGAGGAGUCAGAGGAGUUGCAGCCUUUGCGCUCUUGCGAGGCCGGAGAUCCAAGAGUUCUCUGCGCAAAGGAGCACAGCGAUUCAGAGGUGGAAGCAAGCGGAGCUCCGAAGCGGCGGCGGCGACGCCGCAGAAAGAAGGCGGCAGAAGACCUUGACAACAACGAGCCCGCUUGGGUGGACAAUCUCAAGGCAGAUUCUGAGCGGCCAGAAGUAGACACGGAGGCGGAGCCGCAGAAGGUCAAUUUGGAAGUCACAGAUCCUCGGCGCCGCAGGCGUCCACGAGGCCGAGGCAAGAAGAAGGAUGGCAGGGAGGUUCUCCUAGAUUUAGCUGGAUGACAGCCGCCGCGCUGAAGGGCCUUCUUGUUGAGCAUUUGUUCAUUUGUUAGGCUCCAGUUUGCCAUUGUGAGCCUGCUACCGUCACAUGCUUGAACUUGAGCUGGGAGACUGAACGAUUUAUGUGUUGGUUGGUGGACAGGGUGUGCGGAUUGAAUUAGUAUACAGCUCAGUGCAGGCUUCGUCAAACACAU